UAAGCUAAAAAAAUCAUUCAAACUUCAAAGUUCAAACCUACAAUGUCAAAGAAGGUUGAGAUGGAUAUCCGCCAGUAUUCUGAUCCAACUUCUGUAAUAUCAACGAUGGCAUUAUCGGAAGAUAUGAUGUCGAAAUGCUCAGAACACAUAAGUGCUUAUAAAUCGGCAUGUCAAGACCACCCACAUCUCAAAUCCUUUGAUUUAUCGCUUCAGCAGCGAACCAUCAAAGUGAUAGACUCACUCACUACUGGAGCCGAGAAUGGGACUAAGUUUAUGUCCCAACACGAAAUACACAUGGAAGUCUCCAAACACCUACUCGAAGUUAGCCAAGAUGUGGCAAAAUUCAUAUUGGAAAGCGAAGACAAAGUGUGGGAGAGCAAAGCUCUAAAAUCUUUGGUCACGGCCUAUUUUGAAAACACCAAGAAGACUUACGAGAGUUUGGAUGAUGUAUUGACUUGCGUGAAGACAGCAGAAAUUGGCGAACAUUACAUUGUAGAGGCCGUGGCACAGUUUGACAAAGAGUCGGCAGGAGGAAAGGGUGCUGGUGGAAAAAAGAAGAGGUAUGAAAACACCUUAAAGGAGCUAAACAACUUUAAAGCCAUGGGAAGAUGUAUUCAACUCCAAGCGAUCAUGACUACGUUCAGGUUGCAACUGAUCCAACAGCAGCAGAUAAUCCUUCUGCAAAGAGUGAGUGAGGCUAAAAAAAAGCUUGAUGAGGAAAUAAAAGAGCUUGGUCAUGAAUAUGCUAAUGCAAAAAAAUGGAGUUUAAUCUCGAAUGUGAUAUUCGGCUCUGUGUUUUUCCUUGUUUCCGUCGGAUCAAUAGCUCUUAUUGCAACAGGCGCGGGUAAGUUUUGGGGCAUUUCAGGGGCUGUAUCAUUAUCUUUGAUUGCGGUUGGAUGGGUAGGCGUCCACACUUACUUGAACAACAAGAUGGAUGCUCUGAAGAAACAGGCGGAAGCUCUGAAGAAAGAGCAUGAAAAUUUAGCACCGGUGGAGACUGGUAUCGAAACCAACCAAGACUCGCUGGAAAUCAUAGUUGUAUUAGUCCUCCAGCUAGAAAAAAAGAUCACGUCUCUUAUGAAAGAUGUAGAUGAGGCUAUUGAGAAUGAAGGAGAUGAAGUGGACACGCAACUAGCCAUCUACUCCAUCAGGGAAAAAGUAACGACACUAACCGAGAAAAUCAAGGAGGUUGGUGAUACUGUGGCUAGGCAGAAAGAAAUGAUCCUUAUGGCCGGAAUUCACGUUCUCCAAAAGAUCAACGGUUCUGGAUAAUAUCAUCGCGGUUAAUCGUUAUUAUCGAUGUUUGUUGUUCAAGAGUGAGGGUCUGGAUAAUAUGAUCAAUAUUUGUGUGUUUAAUAAUUAUUAUGAUCAAUAUGUCAUACCUUUCUAUUGUACUUUGUAACGUUGACCAUCCGAGAGGAUUGGUUGAUGAUAUGUUAUGUACCUCUAUCCCCUAUGUAUUUUAUCAUCCGUGAAAUAAAAGUUUGUUAUUUUGUU